AUGUCUUCAAUUCUUAAACAAAGAGUAAGGUACGCACCUUAUCUCAAGAAGCUCCGUACUGCACAAGAAUGUGUUGAAUUGUUCUCACCUGGCCAGUACUUGGGUUGGUCUGGGUUCACCGGAGUUGGUGCGCCAAAGGCUAUCCCAACUGCAUUGGCAGAUCACGUUGAAGCAAACAACCUCCAAGGGAAAUAUGCAUUCAACUUGUUUGUCGGUGCAUCUGCAGGCCCGGAAGAGUCCAGAUGGGCUGAAAAUUCCAUGAUCUUAAGAAGACUGCCACAUCAAGUUGGUAAGCCAAUUGCCCAGGCCAUUAACGACGGUAGAACUCAAUUCUUCGACAAGCACUUAUCCAUGUUCCCACAAGAUUUGACCUACGGUUACUACACUAGAGAAAAGGAAAAUGACUUGUUGGACUACACCAUCAUUGAGGCCACUGCGAUCACUGAAGAUGGAUCAAUUAUCCCAGGUCCAGCAGUUGGAGCCACUCCAGAAAUGGUUUCCGUUUCCGAUAAGAUUAUUAUCGAGGUUAACACCAACACUCCAUCAUUUGAAGGUUUACAUGACAUCGAUAUGCCAAUAAAUCCUCCACACAGACCCCCAUACCCAUACAUGACUGUGGAUCAAAAGAAUGGAUUAGUCUCCAUCCCAGUAGACCCAUCCAAGGUUGUUGCUAUCGUUGAAUCCACCGAACGUGACAAGGUUCCAGCAAACACCCCAUCCGAUGCCAUGUCCCAAUCAAUUGCACAACAUUUAAUUGAAUUCUUUGAACAUGAAGUGAAAUUGGGUAGAAUGCCUGAAAACUUGCACCCAUUGCAAUCUGGUAUUGGUAAUAUUGCCAAUGCUGUGGUCGAAGGUUUAGCAGCAUCUAAGUUCAAAAACUUAAACGUUUGGACUGAAGUUUUACAAGAUUCAUUCUUGGAUUUCUUCGAAUCCGGUUCAUUGGACUAUGCUACUGCCACUUCUAUCAGAUUAACUGAAGCGGGUUUCGACAAAUUCUACGAGAACUGGGAUUCAUACUCUAAGAAGUUAUGUUUGAGAUCUCAAGUUGUUUCAAACUCUCCAGAAAUCAUUAGAAGAUUGGGUGUUAUUGCCAUGAACACUCCAGUGGAAGUUGAUAUUUACGCUCAUGCCAACUCUACUAACGUUAUGGGAUCCAGAAUGCUUAAUGGACUUGGUGGUUCGGCCGAUUUCCUUAGAAAUGCCAAAUUAUCUGUCAUGCAUACUCCAUCUGCAAGACCAACCAAGACUGACCCAACUGGUCUUUCAUGUAUUGUUCCAAUGUGUUCUCACGUCGAUCAAACUGAACACGACUUAGACAUUGUUGUCACUGAACAAGGUUUGGCUGAUUUAAGAGGAUUGUCUCCAAAGGAAAGAGCCAAGCAAAUCAUAAAGCACGCUGCCCACCCAGAUUACAGAGAUCAAUUGACUGAUUACUUCGACAGAGCCGAAUUUUUCGCCAGAAAGAAGAAGUCCUUACACGAACCUCAUAUCUUAAAGGAUGCCUUCAAGAUGCAUACCAACUUCCAAGAAAAUGGAACCAUGAAAUUAUCAUCAUGGGAUUAA